AUGGUUGCAGGGAAAGGAAACACAACUGUGAAGUGUCGAGCUUUAUUGGAUUCCGGAUCCGACAGCAAUAUUAUCACCGAGAAGCUGGCUAGCAAACUGCAGUUGAAAUUGGAUCCAGUGGACCUGCCGAUCAGCGGUUUGAACAAUAUCGAAACCCGAGUUAAGUAUCUGCUGUCGACAAAGUUCGCUUCUUGCAUUAAUUCUUUCGCCUCAUCCGUUUUAGAAUUCCUGGUCGUACCACGGGUCACGUCAAACCUACCCGUCGUUGAGAUAGACGCCCGAUCCUGGCCGAUAUCGUCAGGCCUACACUUUGCGGACCCAAUGUUCCACACACCCGGUUUGAAGCUCGGCUGCUUUGGCAUAACGCUAGCCGAAACGGAACUCGGAUGGGUUGUAGGAGGAUCGGUGCCGACCAGGAAAGCCAAAUCAUACCCGCGUGUGUGUCAGCUCAAUCGCCACGAAGAAAUGCUAAACGCAACGAUGUCCAAGUUCUGGGAAAUUGAGAACGUCCAUUCGGAGAGGAUUACGACCGUGGCUGAAGGUGCCGUGGAAGAGCAUUUCAAGACCACUCACUACCGUGACGAGACAGGACGGUAUGUAGUACGUUUACCAUUCAACGGUAUACAGGGUCAACUAGGCGACUCUUACGACAUUGCUCGAAAACGUCUUGGCAAACUGAUGCUCUCACUGGCGAGGAAUCCAAUGAAGCGUUGUGAGUACAAUGAAUUUUUGUCUGAGUACUUGACACUCGGUCACAUGAAGGAAACGACUGAAGCAAUCGAUGGUGCAUACUAUAUUCCACACCAUGCUGUAUAUAAGGCUUCUAGCUCGACGACAAAAACAAGGGUGGUGUUCGAUGCGUCGGCAAAAACUACCACUGGCGUUUCGCUCAAUGAUACGCUGUUGGUCGGACCUACGGUGCAAAACGACAUCGUCUCGAUUAUCCUACGAUUUUGUGUUCAUUUGGUGGUGCUAUCCGCCGACGUUCCCAAAAUGUACCGUCAGGUCUGGCUCCAUAAGGACGACUGUAAGUACCAGCUGAUUCUGUGGUGGGACAGCGAUGGUAACCUGAAAGUGUUCGAGUUUGCGGACGGUGAAGAAUUUCCUCUGGCGAAGCAAGUCAUUAUCAAGGAUAGUUAUAUCGACGACUUCUUGACUGGUGGAUCGUCGAUUGAAGAGGUGAUACAAAUCUACACGGAACUUUCGGAGCUGUUACGUCGAGGUGGCUUCGGUGCACACACAUUUUGUUCGAACAGUACCGAGGUGUUGAAAGCAAUUCCUGCUGAACUCCAGGAGAAGCAGCUUAGCUUUGACGAUACCGGGAUCAAUAACAGCAUCAAAACGUUGGGCCUCAUCUGGAUUCUGAAAGAAGAUUACUUUUUGUUCCGGACUGCCCUGGUCAGUUGGGAUGUGAAGCGUGCCUAUGGAGCUGUCGUGUAUAUUCGGAGCAUCAACAAGGAUGGGACAAUCUUCGUCAAUCUGGUUGCAAGCAAAUCACGCGUGGCACCACUCAAACCAUCAACGAUUCCACGACUCGAACUUUGUGGCGCGUUGCUUUUGGCAGAGCUGGUGCGAAAAGUGGUGUCGGCAAUGCAAAUCCGAUUCGAUGUCGUGAAGCUAUGGUGCGAUUCCCAAAUUGUUUUGUGUUGGCUGAAGAAAUCUCCGCUAUCACUGAACCAAUUCGUCGCCAACCGUGUUGCCACGAUAGUGGAACUGACCCAAGAUUACCAGUGGGGAUACAUACAAUCGGACGACAAUCCAGCAGAUGUAAUUUCAUGA